ACUAAGAAAUUAAAUAUCUAAACGAUUUAACGUCGACGCCCCCGAUCUGUAACCCUUCUUCCGUUCCUUUAUUCCGUCUCUCUUCUGUCACUGUCUCGCCCAAUCUACGGCGCUCCGAUCGCAACCCCAAGCGCCACCGGAGAUCCUGUCUCUCACUCUCCGGCGUCCACCGUCGGCCUCCAUCGUCUUCUCCAGCGCUUAGCUUUUGGUCUAACUUUCUGCAUCGCACUCCACCUGUUCGAAGGUAGGUCUAGCUGCCGGAUUGCCCCAAGUCAAGGAGUAGCCUACAAGCAUUCCACAUUGGAGAUGGCAGUAUAUGUCAGCAGUCCAACUCCAAACGCAAACUGAAAACGAUGUUUAAGACAUGAAAUCUUGAUGCCAACAUCAUCUUCUCCUGCUAGUGUUGCAUCCUUUCUUUCUCCUUUCUUUGCUUCUCUAUUCUCCUUAUUGUCUUUGCAUGACACUAUAUGAGGCAACCCUAUUUCCCCUUGUUGCUGCUGAAUGUCUCUCAGUCUGAUCAGUUUUUGUCAAGGACUUUUUUAUCGGAUACAUCCAUCCUUUUCCACUGUAGCCAAAUUGAAGCUAUGGCAGGGGUGAUGCAGAAGUUCAUUCUUGCAUCCAUGAUCAUGUGGGUGGCUCCAAUGGCCAUACUAUAUGGAUUUAAUCAUCAUAUAAUUCCUGGUUCAGGUCAGCUUUCAUCCUCAUCCCAAACGCUUUUAAGUGGAUUCCUUGCUGUUAUAUCAGUGAAUCUAGUGAUUGUAUUUUAUAUCAUUAUGGCCAUGAAGGAACCUGCCAAUCGUGAGUCCCAGCCAGAUCCUGCCUUUUUAGCUGAGGCCAAAGCCAGCAUUAACCAAUCUGCGACCACAACAAGCAAUCCUGAUGCCCAAUCCCGGGACAAAGUGGAGUAAGGAUUAAUGUCAGUGAAAUUUGUUUGUCCUAUAAUUUAAACUCUUCUCAUAUUUCACUUACAUGUCUCCCACCAUAAAGAACGGAACAAUAUUGGUGUGCUAGUUUACCACUUGGAUUGUAUUGGUGCAAAUGCAGUAGUUUUUGACUUCAAAUGAUUUUAGCAUAGUAUAUUUUCUAUA